UUUACUUUACAAGCCAUGAAGUUGAAACUUGGCAACAUCUAAGCGUAGACCGGUUAAUUCUGACAGUUCUCAUUUAUUUUUAAAUGUUUUUAAAUAAUAUUCACUGUAUUUACAGAAAAACUCAAACAUUUUACAAUAUUUCGUGCUCCAAAUUAUAAAGAAUAUUAAAAGAUGCCAAGCCGUUGCUGUGUGCCAGAGUGCAAAAGCAAUUACGAUAGCAGUCUUAAAAAGAAUGAACAACCAGAAAGCACUUUUUUAUUUCCAAAGGAUCCAAAGCUGCGAGAACUUUGGUUACAGUGUAUCCACAGGAAAAAUUUUGUUAUUGGAACAUCAGCGGUAGUAUGUGCCAAACAUUUUUAUUCUGAUGACAUCGAGAGAGUUAGAGAAUGGGUAGAUAAGGAAGGCAACAAACAUGUAGAGAAAUUAACGAAUCCUAAGUUAAAACCUUCUGCAGUUCCUCGCAUUUUUCCAAUUCAGGAUGUUUCUAAAUAAGUGCGAAAAACUUUAAAGGGAAAGGAACAAAAUGCAAAAUUUUGACGCCUGUCAAAAUUUUCAGUGUAUUUUAAAUGCAAUCAUUUUUUCGAAUUCUGAGAAAACUAAUAAGUAUUUUUGAAAAAUUUAAACGCUGAAUGAAAGAUUACUUUAUUACCGAGGGCCGAAAGUCCCUUAGAAUGAAUGAAAGGUUGUUUUUGAAUGAC